UCAGGAUUUCUGUCAAUGCAUUCCAGUAACCCCAAAGUGAGGAACUCCCCAUCAGGAAAUACACAGAGUAGCCCCAAAUCAAAGCAGGAGGUGAUGGUCCGUCCCCCCACAGUGAUGUCCCCGUCUGGCAACCCCCAGCUGGAUUCCAAAUUUUCCAACCCGGGUAAACAGGGGGGCUCAACCAGCCAAUCCCAGCCCUCUCCCUGUGACCCCAAGAGUGGAGGUCACCCUCCCAAAGUGCUCCCUGGCCCAGGUGGGAGCAUGGGAUUGAAGAAUGGGGCUGGAAAUGGUGCCAAGGGGAAGGGAAAGAGAGAGAGGAGCAUUUCAGCGGAUUCCUUUGAACAGAGAGAUGCUGGGACUCCCAGCGACGAUUCGGAAAUCAAAGACUGCAACUCUGCCGACCAUAUGAAGACCCAGGAUUCCCAGCAUACGCCACACUCUGUAACUCCUUCAACUGCUUCAGCCCCAAGGUCUUCCACACCCUCCCAUGGCCUGACUGCCACUUCGGAGCCAGCUAGUGGACAAAAGACUCCAUCCAAAGUGGUUUAUGUCUUUUCUACUGAGAUGGCCAAUAAGGCUGCAGAAGCUGUGCUGAAGGGACAGGCAGAAACCAUUGUGUCCUUUCAUAUCCAGAACAUCUCAAACAGCAAGGCAGAGCGAAACACUGUACCCCUGAACACCCAGGUCACUGCACUUCGGAAUGAAACCAAGCCUCUGCCACAACCUCAGCCGCAGCCCCCUGCUUCGCAGGAACACAAUCCUCCCCAGAAUGCCAAAAUGCAGCCAACUCCACCCGUUUCGGCACCAGCAUCUAAAUCCACUGGCCCCCCUUGUCCCAUGGAUCAGGACAGUCCUGGAGUAGAAAGUAAAGUGAUGUCUGUUGGCAGCCCUGCCAACUCCACCCCAUUGCAGACUGAGGGAUUUGGGCCGAGUUCAACCCCAAAUAAUCGAGCAGUCAGCCCAGUCUCCCAGGGGAGUAAUAGCUCCACUGCAGACCCCAAAGGUCCCACCCAGCAGGUAUCCAGUGGCGACCCAUCCAGUUUAGGUGAGAACCCAGAUGGACUGUCUCAGGAGCAGCUGGAACAUCGAGAACGCUCAUUGCAAACUCUACGAGAUAUACAGCGCAUGCUUUUCCCUGACGAGAAAGAAUUCACUGGAGGGCAAAGUGGGGGGCCUCAGCAGAACUCUGGAGUUCUGGAUGGUCCUCAAAAGAAACCUGAAGGGCCAAUACAGGCCAUGAUGGCUCAAUCCCAAAGUUUAGGCAAAGGGCCAGGGCCUCGGACAGAUGGAGGGGCUCCAUUUGGCCCUCAAGGACAUAGAGACAUGCCUUUCUCACCAGACGAAAUGGUGCCACCGUCUUUGAACUCCCAAUCUGGACCCGUAGGACCAGACCACCUGGAUCACAUGACUCCCGAGCAAGUGGCCUGGCUGAAGCUACAGCAGGAGUUUUAUGAGGAGAAGAGAAGGAAGCAAGAACAGGUUGUGGUGCAGCAGUGUUCUCUGCAGGACAUGAUGGUCCACCAGCAUGGGCCUCGAGGGGUGGUUCGAGGCCCCCCACCUCCCUACCAGAUGACCCCUGGUGAGGGCUGGGGUCCUGGCGGUCCAGAGUCCUUUGCUGAUGGCAUGAAUGUGUCUCAUUCUCUACCCCCCAGAGGUAUGGCCCCUCAUCCCAAUAUGCCUGGGAGCCAGAUGCGCCUGCCUGGAUUUGCAGGAAUGAUGAAUCCUGACAUGGACAGCCCCAGUGUCCCAAACCCCACAUCCAGACCCGGGCUUUCAGGAGUCAGUUGGCCAGAAGAUGUGCCAAAAAUCCCAGAUGGCCGAAACUUCCCUCCAGGCCAGGGUGUCUUCAGCGGCCCUGGCCGAGGGGAGCGGUUCCCAAAUCCCCAGGGCCUGCCAGAGGAGAUCUUUCAACAGCAAUUGGCAGAGAAGCAGCUGGGCCUGCCCCCUGGCUUGAGCAUAGAAGGCAUCAGGCCUGGCAUAGAGAUGAACCGGAUGAUUCCCUCCCAGAGACACAUGGAGCCUGGGAAUAACCCCAUCUUCUCUCGCAUGCCUGUUGAAGGGCCCCUGAGCCCUUCCAGGGGGGACUUCCCAAAAGGAAUGCCACCUCAGAUGGGCCCUGGUAGGGAGCUGGAGUUUGGGAUGGGCCCUGGCAGCAUGAAGGGGGACAUUAGUCUGAACGUUAGCAUGGGCUCCAACCCAUCCAUGAUACCUCAGAAGAUGAGGGAAGCUGGAGUGGGGCCAGAGGAGAUGAUGAAACUGCGUCCAGGUGUCUCAGAGAUGCUCUCCUCUCAGCAGAAAAUGGUGUCUUUGCCAUUUGGAGAGCAUCCCCAACAGGAGUAUGGCAUGGGUCCCAGGCCUUUCCUUCCUAUGUCUCAGGGCCCAGGAGGUGGUCUCCGUAAUCUCAGAGAGCAGAUUGGGCCUGACCAAAGGACUAACAACCGGCUUAGCCACAUGCCGCCACUACCUCUCAACCCAACCAGUAACCCUAAUAGCCUCAACACAGCUCCCCCUGUUCAGCGCAGCCUAGGACGCAAGCCCUUGGAUAUCUCUGUUGCAGCCAGUCAGGUGCAUUCACCGGGCAUCAACCCACUGAAGUCUCCCACGAUGCGGCAAGUCCAGUCUCCCAUGCUGGGUUCUCCCUCGGGAAACCUUAAGUCUCCUCAGACUCCAUCCCAGCUGGCAGGAAUGCUUGCAGGCCCAACUGCUGCAGCAGCUGCUGCUUCCAUUAAGUCUCCCCCUGUUUUGGGAUCUGCUGCUGCCUCACCAGUCCACCUCAAGUCUCCUUCCCUCCCUGCACCUUCUCCUGGCUGGACUUCCUCUCCAAAGCCCCCGUUGCAGAGUCCUGGGAUUCCCCCGAACCACAAAGCAUCUCUCACCAUGUCUUCCCCAGCCAUGCUGGGGAAUGUGGAGUCAGGUGGCCCACCACCUUCCACUGUCAGCCAGUCUGCUCCUGUGACUCUCCCUGGAAAUCUUCCCUCUAGCAGUCCCUACACGAUGCCUCCAGAGCCCACGCUCUCCCAGAAUCCCCUCUCCAUCAUGAUGUCCAGGAUGUCCAAGUUUGCCAUGCCCAGCUCUACGCCACUCUACCAUGAUGCCAUCAAGACUGUGGCUAGCUCGGAUGAUGACUCCCCUCCAGCACGCUCCCCAAAUUUGCCACCGAUGAACAAUCUACCAGGAAUGGGCAUUAAUUCCCAGAAUCCUCGAAUUUCAGGUCCAAACCCAGUGGGUCCAAUGCCAACCCUUAGCCCAAUGGGAAUGACCCAACCUCUUUCCCAUACCAAUCAGAUGCCCUCUCCAAAUGCUAUGGGGCCCAGUAUACCUCCUCAUGGGGUCCCAGUAGGACCUGGCCUGAUGUCACACAAUCCAAUGAUGGGGCAUGGUUCCCAAGAUCCUCCAAUGGUACCUCAAGGACGCCUGGGCUUCCCACAGGGGUUUCCUCCAGUACAGUCCCCGCCCCAGCAGGUGCCAUUUCCACACAAUGGCCCCAGUGGAGGACAAGGCAACUUCCCUGCUGGAAUGGGCUUCCAUGGAGAAGGACCUCUGGGGCGUCCCACCAACCUGCCCCAAAGUUCAACAGAUCCAGCACUUUGCAAGACUGGAGGCCCUGGGGGUCCAGACUCCUUCACUGUUCUAGGAAACAUGCCUUCAGUUUUCACUGAUCCAGACCUGCAGGAGGUGAUCCGCCCUGGAGCCACUGGAAUACCAGAGUUUGACCUGUCCAGGAUAAUUCCAUCAGAGAAGCCUAGCCAGACACUGCAGUAUUUCCCUCGUGGGGAAGUUCCAGGCCGCAAGCAGCCGCAGGGUCCUGGGCCUGGAUUCUCUCAUAUGCAAGGAAUGAUAGGAGAGCAGACUCCAAGAAUGGGACUUGCAUUACCUGGCAUGGGGGGCCCAGGGCCGGUGGGAACUGCUGAUAUCCCCCUCGGAACUGCUCCAUCUAUGCCAGGCCAUAACCCAAUGAGACCACCUGCCUUUCUGCAGCAAGGCAUGAUGGGACCUCAUCAUCGGAUGAUGUCACCAGCACAAUCGGCAAUGCCUGGUCAGCCCACGCUAAUGAGUAACCCAGUAGCUGCAGUGGGUAUGAUUCCAGGCAAGGACCGAGCCCCUGCUGGGCUAUAUAGCCACCCAGGUCCUGUAGGCUCACCUGGUAUGAUGAUGUCAAUGCAGGGCAUGAUGGGACCCCAACAGAACAUCAUGAUUCCCCCCCAGAUGAGACCCCGAGGUAUGGCUGCUGAUGUUGGAAUGGGAGGAUUUAGCCAAGGCCCAGGAAAUCCGGGGAACAUGAUGUUUUAA